AACAGCGAUGAGCAGCAGAAGUAAACGCAGUGGGCGGUCGUCCGAGAACGAUUCGAUCCCAUUUGAAGGCGAGCACAGUUUAGGGGCCCUCGCCAUAGUCGACUUGUUUUCACAGAGUUUCCAGCGCAUACUUGACUCGCCUGAUCUUCCAGAAUUCAUCCAGGUGGUCAAGGGCCUGUUGUACGAAAGACAGUUUCUUGAGGCAUUUGACGACGACAAUAAGCGGUUCGCGUACGCAGCGCGAUGGACGCCGGCCCGAUCAUUAGCAUAUGCCUCACUUUUCUCGAGCUUGGAGCCGGUGAAGGGUCUUUUUGAAGAUCCAGAUAGUACCACCUCAGUGCUCUGUGUGGGAGGAGGAGCAGGCGGUGAGUUGGUGGGGUUGGCAUCGGUUUUCUGUCGCUUGAAGGAGCACAACUCGACGUCGACAUCCAACUUAGUGGUUAAAAUCGUCGAUAUCGCCGAUUGGAGCGCUAUUGUGACGAAUGUAACCAAGUACAUGCAGCAGAAUUGGUUGUAUAAACCCGAGAAAUUAACCACUCAGUUCAUUCACAAAGACAUCCUCGGAAACGGGUUUUCCGCCUACGGUGACUUGGAUUUGAUCACGUUGAUGUUCACCACCAACGAGCUCUUUUCAGAAAAACGGGCUGAAACUAUAAGGUUUUUGCAGACUUUAAACCGGCUGUGCAAACAGGGUGCACACUUGUUAAUAGCCGAAAGUGCCGGGUCAUAUUCGCAUAUAACGGUGGGAACCAAAAAGUUUCCCGUUCAGUUCAUCAUCGACACGGUUUUAUUGGGCAAACAGGGCGAGGACACUGGGGCAUGGGAUUUGGUGGAUCAGAGUGAUAGCUGCUGGUACCGCAUCGAUGAGAAAGAGGUGGACUAUCCGAUGAAGUUGGAGAACAUGCGGUUUUUCUACCGGCUAUAUGAGAAGAAAUGAAGUGCGUGUGUGUGUGCGUUUGGGUAUCUGUAGUUCCAUAGAUCUGUACUUUCCCUAAAAUCUGUACUUUAUCUUGAACCUUGUUUUAUUG